CCUGACAGGCGAUCCAGUGCAGCAUUCCGGUUUCCAAACGCACAGAAGCUCCGCUUUUUACAUCGCGCUAUCCCUUUCAGAAAUUGAAACCGGAGGGAACACGCUGGUAAAGAAUAAACAUGUCCGUGGGCAAUGACUUUGGAAACCCUUUAAGGAAAUUCAAACUCGUCUUUCUUGGAGAGCAAAGCGUGGGCAAGACGUCCCUGAUCACACGCUUCAUGUACGACAGCUUUGACAACACGUAUCAGGCGACAAUUGGAAUCGACUUCCUGUCAAAAACCAUGUAUUUGGAGGACAGAACGUCGGGUGUUUCUGACUUGCAGGUUCGGUUGCAGUUGUGGGACACUGCAGGGCAGGAACGUUUCAGAAGCCUUAUCCCAAGUUAUAUACGAGAUUCCACUGUAGCUGUGGUGGUGUAUGAUAUCACAAAUGUGAAUUCAUUCCAGCAAACUUCCAAAUGGAUCGAUGAUGUCAGAACGGAGAGAGGAAGUGAUGUCAUCAUCAUGCUUGUGGGCAAUAAAACAGAUCUGGCAGAUAAGAGGCAAAUCACUAUUGAGGAAGGCGAGCAGCGGGCCAAAGAGUUGAGCGUGAUGUUUAUCGAGACCAGUGCUAAGACAGGCUACAAUGUCAAACAGCUGUUUCGACGUGUGGCAGCUGCACUCCCAGGAAUGGAGAGUAUGCAGGAGACAAGCAAAGAAGGGAUGAUUGACAUUAAACUGGACAAACCACAAGAGCCUCCAACUGCUGAGGGCGGAUGUUCCUGUUAAUAGCCCAUGUCUCAUCUACAGCAUCAUUUACACCACAUGCUUGUUGUGUUGCUUCCUCUUGGUUAGCUUCCAUUUGUGUUUUUAGAUUGGAUAUUUGGCCUUCACAUCUGAUUUUCAGUAACUGGUUGGAAUCGAUGUUACAUCAAUUUCAAUUGUAAAAUAGUAUUCUUUAUUAAUGUUUUGUAAAAAUUUGAAAAGUUUAGGGCAAAAAUCAACAAAAAGUAAUCUAUAUCCAACAUGUAUACUUUUUGAAAAUGUUGAAUGGUAGAUUUUUCCCUCCUUGUUUUGUAUUUUUGUAUAUAAGGAAAAGCACUAAAACAGAUGUUGACAAGACCAUAAAAAGCAAGAUUAGAGCAAAGACAUCAAAAGCAAGAGGGCAAUUUAAACAAAAAAAUUAUAUAUUGAAAAUACAGCAAGCAUGAAUGUCAGCCAUUUUUAAAGUUAUCAUCUCAGUCCUGCUGGCUACUGUGCACAAGAAUAUGUGAACGCUGACUUCUACAUGUGACUCAAUGCAUUUCAUCAAAACAACUUAAUUCAGACUUUUUUCCUUUUCUUUUUCUCUUUGUGAAACCAAACUCAAAAGUUUGGAUUUCAGGCAAGGUUUUUGUCCUUCUAAGUUUGUGUAAAUAUACCUGACUGUGUCAUUUCAGAUAUCCCAAAUAUUUGCCAUAUUCCAGUGUAAAUGUCAUUUAUAUGUUUGUGUACAAUUUAUUGAAUGUUUACAGCAAAUCUUCUGAUUUCCUCUUCCUCUUCAAAUUGCUUGCAUUACGUGAGCAAGCUUCAAAUGAACCUAUAACCUGAUAACAAGGAAUGCUCCACCCUCUUCUGUAGAAUGUUUCUUAAUCUUUAACUCAAUAGUACAUUUAGUGUAUCGCAGAUAAUGUGACAGAGAAGCAAAUUACGCACAUCUAAACUUAGUCAAUCCACACAAUCCCACACAGAGUUAUUGAGCAUUGUCAAAUUCUAUUGUAAAUAUAUCUGCUGCUGUUUUCAAACAGGCUUUAAUAUUAGAAAUUCAAAGAUGGGACAUUCUUUCAAAAAAACUAUAGUUCACUUUUAAGAGUUAGCAUUAUGCAGCAUUAUAGUGUUCGCUUUAUAUAGGGACGCACUCAUGCCUACAGCUCCUUUUUGGGCCAGUAAAUUGUAGUGCACUGGACAGGAGGAAAUGUGUAUAUCAAGUUAUUUGAAAUGUAUUUCAUGUGAAUCCUUAAUGCACUUUUUCAAGAAAGAUGUAAAUGUUUAAAAAUUGCUGUCAAAUGUCUGUGCUUAAAUUUCACUUUAGAGGUAAAACUGUAGCAUACAUUUCUGUGAAAACCUCGAGGGUCACUGUACAGAUAAACUAUUGGUUAAACUGCAUCACAUAACGGCAGACACAAGUUGAGACUUUCUUUUUGUGACAGAGAGGAAAUGUUGGAGUUGCGAUGGAGCACUUGAAAAAUGCGCAUAUACGUAUGACAUCUGUGUCUGGAAUGGUACCAUAUAUAGCAAAGUAUGUGUUGAAAUACUAGUUUAUUCCUAUUAAAUCCAGCAGAAUUUUGUUGAAAUAGGAUACGAUAAAUUAUGCUGGACUUAAGUGACUAGUGACUCAUCCAUCACAGUAAAACCCCUUGCUUUCUGCCUAUGGAUUUGACAGUUGCUGUUUUAUAUGCCUGAUCUGCUUUUAAUGCAUCUCUUAGAUGCCCCUUUUAACCCAUAAUAUAGAAAGAUGCUCCAUGGAAACUGUAAAGGGAAAACCAGACUUUGUGAUAGUCUGGGUUGGGGUUGUCACUCCUAGUGUCAGUAUGCCUGUGACAGAGCCUUCUCAGAUCAAAGAGAGGUGCAGAGAGAUGCCACUUAGCUAUCCAUGGCUUUGGGGUAUUUAUUGACUGGCGACAUUUUGUUACAGAUCUAGUCAUUUUCACUUCUCAUUUGGAUUAAAACGGGGUGCAGAUAUGCUCCAUGUAUGGAAUCAUAUCAUUAGUAAACAUGUAAUACCAGUAGUCAUUGUGAUAUUGGCACAGCGCAUCAGCCUUGGGUGAAUGUCUGUGCGUGAGUUGAGUCAUGCUUUUGAGGGUGCAACCAUUCCCAGUGUAUACAAUAUGUUUUAGCUUAGUGAAGCCAGCCUGAUUGAUUCAGAGCUACAGUAGCUGUUUCAUUCACACUGUAUAGAAAUCUAGCAUGUUGGUCCAAAUCAGUAAAAUCAAUAAAAGUGUUUU